GCCCGCGCCCACGCCCGACAUGCCGAAGAUCAUCUCGUUGGACGUGAAGUGCGAGAAGAGCCUGAUGAAAGUUUACCUAGGCUUCGACAAACCGUUCUACGGUAUAGUGUUCAGCAAAGGGCAUUACAGCAACGUUAACUGCGUCCACUUGCCGGCCGGUUUAGGGCGCACCUCGGUCAACUUCGAGAUCAGUAUUCACGCGUGUGGCACGG